AUAGAAACCUGACAGAUUUUGCUGAAGUAUUGGAUCUUAUAAAGAAUGAAGUGAAAAUAAAACCAGAUCGAAGUAUAUCUGACAUGUUUUUCAGAUUGAAAACAAUCCAUGGGUGCAAUGUUCGAAGAGAAUUGGUGAGGCAAAUAAUGAGAACACUAGACCCUGUCGGCGUGUCCCUCAGAAAGGGAAACAAACUGAAACGAAGACAGUACCUUAGUAAAGGUCCCAAUUGGCUUUGGCAUAUAGAUCAGUAUGAUAAAUUGAGCCCUUUUGGGAUAUAUAUCAGUGGAUGCAUUGAUGGGUUUUCCCGCUAUGUGCUUUGGGUGGAAGCUGGUGUCAGCAAUAAAAACCCCAAAAAGAUUGCAGGGUACUUUUUGAAGACUUUGGAGAAUGUUAAAGGAUUUCCACAUAUUAUUCGAGGAGAUGCAGGAACAGAGAAUGGGACAGUAGCUGCCAUUCAAAACUUCUUGAGAGAAGAUGAUGAUGACUGCUUCAGCAAGAAAUCCUUCCUCUAUGGAAAAUCCACUCAUAAUCAAGUAAUGUUUAUUAUUAACUAUUAG